AUGGGUACAUUCGUGAGCUUCAGGAGAGCAUAUGGAGCUCUCAAGGACUCCACCACCGUCAGCCUUGCAAAAGUCAGCAGCGAAUUCAAGAAUCUGGACAUUGCCAUCGUCAAAGCUACCAACCAUGAAGAAUGCCCUCCUAAAGAACAGCAUGUUAGAAGGAUUAUUGUUGGAACAUCGUUUGCUGUACCACGAGCAGACGUUGGGUACUGCAUUCAUGCACUUUCGAGGAGAUUAAUGAAGACGAAGAACUGGAUCGUUGCAGUGAAGAUAUUGAUGGUGUUUCAUAGGGUUUUAAGGGAGGGUGAUCCUAGUUUUAGAGAAGAGUUACUGAAUUAUUCUCGCAGGAUUCACAUUUUCCAGAUUCUGGAAUUCAGAGAUGAUUCAAGCCACCUUGCUUGUGAUUGUUCAUCGUGGAUUCGAAGGUACGCCAUGUUUCUUGAAGAACGGUUGGAGUGUUAUCGCGUUUCGGGAUUCGAUAUUGAGAACGAGCGAUUGACGACAGCCACUGGAAUAGGCAAGGCGUAUAGUCGAAUGCGGCUUAUGAAUGUUGACGAGCUACUCGAUCAGCUACCUGCGAUGCAACAACUUCUUUAUCGUCUCAUCGUUUGUCAGCCUGAAGGAGCAGCUUGCCAUAAUAGCCUUAUACAACAAGCCUUGGCUCUUGUAUUCAAAGAAAGCUUCAAGAUUUAUAGUGUGAUAAAUGAUGGCGUAAUUAAACUCGUGGAAUCGUUCUUCAAUAUGUCGAAAGACAAGGCCGUUCCAGCUUUAAACAUCUACAAGAAAGCCGGGAAACAGGCCGAACAACUGGCCGAGCUCUACAACCUCGGAAAACAUAUGCGUCUUGCGAUGAACAUCCAAUUUCCAACAUUGAAUCAGCCUCCACCUUCAUUUCUUGCAACAAUGGAGGAAUAUGUAAAAGGAGUCUCUUUGAAGGGUUCUGCUUCAAAUAAGAAACUGGAGCAUCAAAAUGCCGUAGAAGAGCGAUCAGCAGAAAAAACCAAAGAACCUGUGACUCGAGAAGUCGAAGAAGUUGAAAAGAAAGAGGUAUUGCAAGAUCAAGAGCCCGAACCUAAGACUCGACCCAAGGUAGAAGAAGUUCUACCGCUCAUAGCCAUCGAUGAUAAUGAUCCUGCGGGUCUGACUGAAACGAAUCCGAAGGCGGCUGCAGAAUUAGAGGAUAACAAUGGACCACGAUCAACUCUUGCAAUAGUUCAACCUGGCACGACAUCUUCGGGAUACAAUGAGACCGAAAAACCCUCAAAUUGGCCUGAGCUUGCAGUUGUUACCACAUCAAGUAACUCUAAGAACAUCAACACCAUAUUACAUGCCAAACCGGGUGGUGAUCAAUCCAACAAGCUUCUUUUGUACGGUUUGUACGAAAAUGACAUAACAAGGAAACAACCACAACCACAACAUACAGGCUAUAACCCCGGGUACGAAUAUCAACCUCAACGAGUCCCCUCCAUGACGUCCAGCGGUGUGGUGUCACCGGCCACCGUGCAGAUGGUCAUGAGCCAGCAGCAGCAACAACAGAUGGUGAACCAACAACAGUAUCAGAACCAAUAUCAACAGUGGUACCGUGACCAACAACAACAAAACAUGUUUGUACCAUAUAAUCAUCAACAAUCGUCGAACCAAUAUGGACAGCGACCUAUGUGCAACCCAAUAGUGAACCCAUUUGGAGAUACUAUCAAUCAUCCACAAGGAAAUCGUGGAUUAAUCUAG